UUCUUAGCAAUAAAAAAACAACAACAUGAAGAUCCACCACUAAACAUAACCCUCAGUGGGCCGUGAAAUUUAAUAAUGCAAACUGCACUUAAAAAUAAUACAAAUUGUUUGAAAUAACUAUUUAAGUUCAAAUUUUACUUGUGAUGGCAAAGCCCCAUUUUCUGCAGUCCAUUUACUUACAGUCUGCACAUAGCCUUGUUACACCAUCCAUAAGAAAUCCUUCUGCUUUGAUUUAGUACUUGAGAAACUUUUAUUGUUAGCACAUCUGAAAAUGGUAGUGCUGCUUAAUGACCUGCGGAAACAAUACUCAAUGCUUUAUUUCAGCUUUAUUGGUGUGUGCAUUUUGAAAAAUGUAACUUUAUGACUUUAUUUCACCUAUUUGUAAUGUAAUGUCUUGUUAUCUGUCAUAAGUAUUACUUUUUUAUUUUUAUUUUUUUCACAAGACGGCUGGUAAGAACAAUACCAAGGUGUGACCUUGCUAUACUUUUGGACCAUUUGCCAUUGGAAGGUUUCGCCCAAAAUACCAUCAAAUAUAAUAGGCUACAAUACUAUGGCGUCUUUAGACACUAAGGUCGUGAAAAUAUUUCUUAAAUGCAGUCAAUACUUCAGUGGAGUAUAAUAGUAUUUUGGCAGAUACUGUAGCUACUACUGUACGCCAGAUUUUUAAGGCUCGUUUGGUCCAGUAGGCUUUGACCUCUUCGCCUCACAAUCUAUUAAUAGUCAGACUGAUGUGACUGACUCGACACCGACUGUGUUUCACACACGCUCCUGACCACUGGAAUUCACAAAUCUUUCUGGAAUUAUUUAAACAUACUGAACGGGUGUUUCUUGCGGAUUAGUCGGUGUAUGUGUGAGAAAUGAACAGGCCUCGAGCAGUUCUCGGUUUAUCGGAGGAAGAUAACCAGACUCUGUCGCGGCGGGAAAGAGCUGACAACAUUCUAAAGGCACGCUUUCUAGAAGCGCUCACGCGUAACGAUGCGGCGGAGGUUGCAAAAAUCCUUCGCACCACAAGCAUUGAAAUAGACACCGUGUUAGACGUGGAGGACCGCGAUAUGAUCCUUGCCUCGUAUAAGCAAGGUUACUGGCUGCCAAGUUAUAAGCUGGAGACAUCCUGGGCGAUGGGUCUACAUGUGUGUAUGAUGUACAACGCACUGGAGAGUGCCAUAGUCCUUCUGCAGAAUGGGGCAGCGGUCAACAGGAAACCUAACGGGAAAACCCCUCUACAUGUGGCCUGUACGGUGUCUAAUGCUGACUGUGUGGGACUUCUGCUGGAUUGGGGCGCACGGAUCAACAGUAUGUCCCUGAGUGGACAUUCUCCUCUACACUUCUGCAUUACACGAGAAUCUUUGGACUGUGCCAAACAUCUUGUUCUCAAAGGAGCAAAUAUCAACAUGCCCAGUGAGGAGAACCAGGACACCCCUCUGCACACUGCGGCCCGCUACGGUAUCCCAGAGCUGGUGGCUUUCUACAUUGCCCAUGAAGCAGAUAUCAAUGCAGUCAACGGCUACAUGGAGACGCCUCUGAUCACUGCUGCAUUCUGGGCCAUGGACAUUCGUGAGCGGACCUACAGCUCUGACCACCAUCUUGUCUGCCGGAUCCUGUUGGACCACAAUGCUAACAUACAUUUAUGUGAGGAAGACAAGAAGACGGUGCUGCACAAAGCUUGCUGGAACUGUGAUCAUGUGCUUAUCCAGAUGUUCCUGGAGGCCGGUGCCAAGACUAAUGCUAUGGAUAUCAAUGGAUGCGCAGCUAUACAGUAUCUGCUGAAGGUGACGCAGAUCAGGCCGUGGGCCAUUCCUGAACGCUGCUAUCAGCUGCUUCUGAACUACGGAGCAGCACGAGUGUAUCCACCACAGUUUCACAAGGUGUUGCAGGCAUGUCAUGAAUACCCCAGAGCAGUGGAGGUUAUGGUGAAUUCUUAUGAACAUAUCAAGUACACUAAAAAAUGGAGAGCUGCUAUUCCUGAAGCUGUAUAUGAGAGGUACAGGGAUUUCUAUGAUUCUUUGUUUGCCGUCUGCACCAACAAUCCACGCACUCUACAGCAUCUGGCCAGAUGUACAAUACGUGCUGCAAUGUCGAAUCGCUGUGAACUGGGUGUCCAGCAACUCCUUCUUCCUUCAUCAGUGAAGAAAUACUUACUUCUGGAGCCUGUAGGAAUCAUAUACUGACACUGUUUCUGCAUUAUACCACUUCAAAUUCAGAUUUUGUUACAGUGUAAACAGGGCUCCAAAGCUUGCUUGCUUUUUGUUUUCUCAUGUUUUUAAAAUAUUUUUUCUUUAUUUGAUCCUUUACCAGGGAACAAUAAUAAUGUUGAUGUAUUUAAUAUUAACAUGUAGUAUUAAAAAUAUAUACUAUUUAAAAUAUAGAUAAUGAAUAAUUUGAUAUUAAUGCUAAUAAUAUUUAAUAUAUUCUAAAUAUUACCUCGAAAUAUUAUACAUUCAAAAGUUAUUGGUCUUUCCACAUCCACACAUAUAAAAAGCCUCAUGUUUUAAUGAAAGACUGUCAAAAAGGAGGUUUUUAAGGUCAUUUUUUUGACAAGUAAAAUCACUUUAAGGAAUUUUAGAAUCCAGGAUUACAAAUAAAGGUAAUAUGGUUGAGCUGGAUGAAUGUUCGGAAAUUCUGUGGAGUACAGUUUUUAAUUCUAUGUUCCCAAGAGCCACAAGACCUAAUAGAGAUUAUUAUACUUUACCCAAAUAAGAACACAUUAUCACUUGUUUUAUUUUGAACAAAACGAAUGAAAACAAAAGAAUCAGUUUUUUAACAAACCUUUUUAGGUGAACGAGUCGUUCUUCUUCACUUUUUGUGCAUCAAUUCAAGCUUUUUAGAAAAUUUAAGCACUCUUAAAUUUAACAAACUGAAUUCCCAUGACUCGCUUAUCUCAGAAAAGACUCUUUUGCCACCUACACUGGUAUAACGAUGGAACCUUCAGAAGUGAUUCAUGAACGAACCUGAACAAAUCUUUUUGCUGGAUAGAUUCAAAAGAAUCGAGUCACUCAGAAUAACCUAACUUUCUGUUACGUUCACUGUAGAGGUAUGUUUUUCAGUACUUACCGACCAUAUAGUUACUUGUUAGCUAUAAUAUUUAAUAAACAAGCGCACAGGAGACGGGGAUAUACAAAUUCAGUAUAACUAUUUCAGGCUUUUAUUGACGGUUCUGUGACUAAAUUUAUGUUUGUCCUUCCAGCCUUUGAGAUACAGUAUCUCUCUUUGAAAAUCAUUGGCCUCAGCACUUAGUAAACUAUUUAUGAUGAGUGGAAGUGGACUUUUCAUUCUAGUCAGCAUGUUAAUGAUGAGUUCUGUGAUUACUGGGUGAUAUGUGAGUUUAGGAUAGUAUUUUCUCUCCGUACCCCACACAAUGUCACCUGGAAGCAAUGAUUCUUCCUCCCAGAAGACAGUCUGUUUCCACUUACUCUCUACAGAAGAGAUAAAACAGCCACCAACAAAUCAACCUUUGAUCCUGUUAUACAGACCAACUUUUAUUUGCAUUGUAUGAGAUUAAAUCAUAUAUUAUAUUUUAAGAACAUUAAAAGUGAUAAUCUUAUAAUCAAGUCCAGAAUGUAGAGCA